AUGCUUACAUACAGCGGUCCAGCUAAGCUUGAUGGUUUAGUAUGUAAGACAUGUGAAUAUCGCAUAGUAAAUGAAGAGAUAAAAGUUAAGUCUGCACCGAGUGAGAACUGGAAAGAGGUAGUUGAGCUCUGGCAAUGCCAUGAUGAAGAUUUCAGUCAAUUUAUAGACCUGAACACGAAACUGAUAAAAAUACCUGAUGAAGUCUGUCUCAUUAGAUUCAAUUAAAUAGUAUUAUCAUAGAAGCUAGUAGAAGCAAAUUAAGUCUAAGGUGACCCUGUAAUUUGUAAAGGCUGUAACUAAAUUACUGGAACAUAUAUCGAAGGUCAAUACUGCAUUUUUAUUGAUAUGAUUCAAAAUCUUAGAUAGUACUUUGAUUUUUCAAAAGAUGUGCUAGCUAUCAUUUUUAAUCAUGGGCUUGAUAAUUUAAAGCAAGACUUGCUUUUUAUUAACAUGGAUGAUAAUAAAUAAAUAAUAAAGAUUAAAGUUCUUGGCUCUCAUAUGCUAGUUAUGAAAAAUAAAGCUAAAUAGUUUGAAAAGAGCAUCAAAGUUUUGUAUAAUUAAAUAGACAAUACUAACCCUGAUGUUUUUGAAUUGUUGACCCAGUUCAACAAAACUUUCAAAGUCAAAGAAUCUGAAUUCUAGAUAUUAAAACAAAUUCUUGAAGAAGGAUAGAAAUUUCUUCAUAAGAAAUUACAAACCUUCAAAAAUGGGUUAUACUAAAUCUCCUAUCUCAUCCAUGAUUUCAAAUGA